UGUUUUAAGUUGUGACUUGUGAUUCGAUUUUCAUUAAUUUCCUUUUUGUAAAAGUGUUAUUUUUAUUCGAUAAAGUAAAAUUAUUAUGGAUGAGCUAGUAGUAGGCACUUACGAGGGGUAUUUGCUUGGGUACUCGCUGUAUACUGAAGAUGGAGUAAAUAAAUUAAAACAAACAUUCGCAACCCAUUCACAUACUGCGUCUGUUCGCUGCAUAUCGGUUGCUGGUAAAUUCUUAGCCUCAGGUGGCACUGAUGAUAAGGUUAUAGUCUUAGAUCUCAAGACUAGAAUCGAACACACCAUUUUAAUGAACCACGAUGGCACCAUAAACACAGUGGCUUUUACCCAUGGUGGCACUCACCUACUUACUGGUAGUGAUGAUGGCUCCAUUAUUGUCACAAGGACUGGCAAUUGGCAAAUGGAAAAGCUAUGGAAAAAAGCUCACGGAGGUCAACCAGUUACCCAUAUUGCAAUUCAUCCAUCAGACAAACUUGCUCUGAGCAUCGGAGGAGACAAAACCUUAAGAACUUGGAAUCUUGUCAAGGGUCGCCCCGCUUUUACAAUAAAUCUGGGAAGCAAAGGUAUUGUCUUGCCAACAGAAAUUAAAUUUUCACCAGGUGGUGAUAGGUUCUCACUUAUUUCACUACAGAAUGUUGAUGUAUGGACCAUAAGUAAAGCAGGAUUGGAAAAGCGUUUGACAUGUAAUUCAAAACCAAGUACUGUCCAAUGGCUGACUGAUGACAAGUUAUUUGUUGGAUUAGAGAACGGAAAUCUGGUCUCAUUAACUAUGUCCAAUACACAAGCUCAAACUUACCACCUACACAAACAGAGAGUAAAGUGUUUGCAUUAUGAGAAUGAUAAAUUGUACUCUGCAUCCAGCGCGGGGGAAUUAAAAGUUUGGUCUGUGUCAGAUGAGAAAUUGGAAGAAAUUUUCCACAUCAAUGCUUCAUGUAGAGUCACUUGCAUUACACUGAAUAGGCAAAGCCAUUUAAUUAAAAAAGAACCAGAAGUUGAGGGAAAGGAGAGUGAAGAAGAGACUUUAAAAGCAACUGAACAAAAUAGUGAUUCUGAAGCCUCAGAUGUUGAAGGACCUAAAAAGGUUAAAUCUCUUAAAAGGAAACCUGGUGCCUAUGUUACAAUUAGCUAUGAAGAUAAGGAUGAAGAUAAACCACCUUCAAAAAAUCCAAAAAGGAAGAAAAGAAACAAAAUACCUAAAAACAAAAAGGCAGUAGAAUAAAUUAAUAUGAUGUUAAUGAAUUAUUGGUUUUAAUUCAAGAAUUUACUACUUUCUAGUAAACUUUUGUAAAGUUCUUUGCAACUUAUCUGCAACAGUAUA